AUGGCGGUGAUGGUCAUGACCGACCGAUCGAUCGGUGACCAUGAAAGGGGGAAAGCGAGAACGAAGAAGGGGGAGCUCAAGAACUUCGCUUUAGACAUCCUGAAGCGUGGCUCCAAGGUGUGGGUGGAGGUAUUCUUCGACACCAUUGAAUGCGACAUCUCCAAAAACGGCUCCUCCUCCUUCCUCUCACUCCUCCAAACCUUCCUCAGCAAGUCCCUCAUCGGAGCCGACCCUACCCUCGAUCCUGGCGUCGCCGAUUCCGGUCCCUUGUCGAUCAACCUAUGGCUCGGCCUCCAACUCCUCCCCACCAUCCCUAUCCUAGCUUUUCAGCCCCUGCUUGAGAUACUUCUUCACUCCUACGCCUACCCUUUUGCACUCGUAAGUGGAGGCUACCGAAAACUCUACAGCUUCAUCGAGCAGCACGGCGCCAUAGCUGGUGAUAAAACCGGGCUACAAGCUAGGUUAAGAGACGAAGUGAGGAAAGUAUGUGGAUCACCGGCAGUUAAAGACACGGAGCUCGUGAAUUCCGUCGUUUACGAGGCGUUGCGUCUGAACCCGCCGGUACAACUUCAAUACGCUCGAGCCAGGAAGGAUUUUCAACUCACUUCUCAUGACUCGGUUUUCGACAUUAAGAAAGGUGAGUUGCUUUGUGGAUAUCAGCCUUUGGCCAUGAGGGAUGGUAAAGUUCUCGAAGAACCGGAGAGUUUUAAACCAGACAGGUUUGUGGGGACAGGGAAAGAAUUGCUGAAUUACUUGUUCUGGUCGAACGGACCGCAGACCGGGUCACCGAGUGAGACGAAUAAGCAAUGUGCAGCAAAGGACUAUGUGACACUGUCGGCUUCGUUGAUUGUAGCUCACAUGUAUAAAAGGUAUGGUUCAAUCAGUGGGGAUGCCGGUUCAAUCACAGCCGUCAAGAAGGCAAAUUAG